AUGAGUCUUUUCCUGCUUCUAGCUUGCAAGAUUAUUGGGUGUAAAUGAUGCAAAACCCCCUACUUUUCAUUUGGACUUUGUCAUAUAAUAAAUUAUCCUGUUUGGAUGCAACCUUCAGAAUUAGAGUUCUAGUACAAGAAGAAUUUAUUGCAUCAUUCCCUUUACAAAGUGAAUGACUGUUAAGGAAUAUGCAGAAUUUCUACUCCAUAUAAUUCUUCAGUGUUUUAUGCUAGUAGAAGUUGAUGUUUGCAACUUUUAAAGCAGAUUUGAGGAUGGGAAUCACUCAUAAAGGCUGGAUGUUAUCUAUAAAGAUACUAUGCAGCAUGUGACGUCUUUAUGGUGCAUCAGAUGAAAUAUUACUGAAUGUUUCAUAGUUCUGGUAACGCCAAAGGAUGAUUCAUGUGUGACGCACGUGUUAGUGAUAUAAGUUUAUGCAAUCCACUCACACUGAAUAAAGCAAAACUGUUAUUAAAAAUAUAUUUUCUUCUCAACACCCUGUUUUUCUCUCGCCACAGAUUGGAGAAACCUCGCCGCAAUCUACUGCAAAGCACCGAUUCAUAUAGCCUCUCCAGGGAGAGUUCAAAUCAGUUCAUAGAUUUCUGCUCUCAAGUCUCACAAACGGAAGAACCCGACGAUGAACAACUGAGUGAGCCCAUCAAAGAAGAACCUGAAAAAACGGAUGACAAGAAACAAGAAGCUAAGCCAUGUAAAGGCUGCAGCAAAGGCAAAUCUGGGAAAAUAGCUAAGAAGCAAGCUGCCAAGCUACGUAAACAGUAUGAAGACUGCAGGAAGAACAUAAAUGAAAUGCUAAAGCCUUACUCCAAACCGUGGAAGAGACAGGAGGAAAAACACGUAGAAUUAAGAGCUCAGCUGAACUUAAAGGUCAGAGGUUAUGAAAAGGCCAUCAUUACUCAGAAGAACACUCUGGUGGGAUCAGUGCUUGCUACAGAUGGAGAUAAAAAGAGGGUUUUUGAGGUGAAAUCGGAGCAUUUUGACACAUUUUUGAAGGAGUCUCCUUUUGCAAAUAAAACCUACGGCUCUUGUGCUGUUGUUGGGAAUGCUGGGAUCCUGGCAAACAGCAGCUGUGGAAAAAGUAUUGAUUCAGCCGAGUUUGUCAUCAGGUGCAACCUUGCGCCUUUAAAAAAUGGAUACGAGAAACAUGUUGGGGUCAAGACGGACCUCGUGUCAGCAAACCCGAGCAUACUUUUACAAAAGUAUGACUCUCUUUUAGGAAGUCGACGGAAGUUUAUGGAGAAACUGUGCCAAUAUAGAAGCUCCAUGAUUCUACUUCCUGCAUUUUCCUAUGUCAAAAACAUAGUUCUCUGCAUGCGGGCUUUCCACACUAUUCAAGACUUUGGGAGCCCCAUGCAACCAAUCUACUUCAAUCCAGAGUACUUAAAGGAUCUUGACACGUUCUGGCGCUCUCAAGGAUGGGAGGCUGUGCGUCUCAGCUCUGGCAUGAUCCUGACAAGCCUGGCGCUGGAACUGUGUGACACCGUCGACCUGUACGGCUUCUGGCCGUUUGGUCUUCACCCGCAGACCUUCAAGGAGCUGACCCACCAUUAUUACGAUGACGUGAGAGGAAAGAGUGGAUUCCAUGCCAUGCCGGAGGAGUUUAAGCUCCUGUUGCAGCUACAUAGUGAGGGUAUACUUAGGCUCCACCUUGGUGACUGUGAAUCCAAAGGAGAGUAGUCCAACAUACAGGAAAGAAAGCAUAGUGCUGCGUGUGUAGGUAUGCGUGUGUUUGCAUGUGCAGGUGUGGUUCUGUAUUAAGCAGAGGCCUGCGCAAGCCCCUCCUCCUGCCACCCAACACAAAACAAAAUGGAGGAAAUUAUUUAUAUUCUGUUCUGGGAUAAAUGCACAGCAGUCCAGAAACAACAAGUUGUCAGUAGGUUGUGCAAACUGUCUGUUGGAAUGCCUCUCUCCCUUUUGAUGCUGCACUGGGCAAGUGCCUAUUGACCCUUUGCAACCACUUAAUCAUUCUAGGCGCCAUGACAAACGUCGGAAGUGAGGGACGGGAGUAUUUUACAAAGCAACUGAAAUUGUUUUCCAAAGUUAUUUUUGCCAGUUUAUUCAUGGCUUCUACUUGUUCGAGUCGAGCUAAUUUGUCUGUGAACACAACACUGGAGCUCAUAGACGGGGGUAUUUAUAAAAGUUUGAAACAGCUAGCUUAGAAACCAGUCCAUACCUUCUCCCUCCUGAGGUGUUGAUCAAAUUACCGACUUUACCUAAAUUCACACCACAUGAUUUAUGUCACUAUGUCAUAAAUGGCGCUUCCCCUAAACCGAGGCAGGAUUAAAAACAUACAAAAGACGAGAUGCUAACCAGUUUGUUGCAUACAUGCUAGGCUACAUGAUGGUGCGGCAUUGUUUCCAUGGUUACUAAAGGUUAGACGUGUACCUUCCCCAUAAUGCGAUAUUUGAUAUCUUUCUAAUCAUACUUACUUG